GUAAAAAAUUCUAGUCAAGGCAGUCCGAGGGAGAUAGAGAGUAAGAGAGAGAGCGAAGAAGAGAGAAAUGACACGAAAAGCACAUGUAAGCCUACUUUGCAGCAGAAGAGAUCAGCGUCAUUACAAAUAAUGACUGAAAACAACAGCUGGACUAGAACAAAAUGAACGCUGCGGCGAUCUUUAUUGUUAUGCGCAAAGCAAGUAUUCGUGCAUGAUAUUACCCAACCUAUGUCGAUCAUCGAUUUCUGCGAGGACAUGAGGAUUAUAAUAACAAGCACGGAGUGAAGGAAAAAGAGAGAAAGAGCGAUCUUUAUCGGCGGAAUAAUUGACUUGUGUACGUAAGCGCACAACAAAGACGGACCAAUCCACUUUGCAAUGUGUAUAAUGCUUUAGGGAGAGACACAUUGACAGCUGUGGCCAAGGAAUGAGUGCAGUUAACACAGACUGAGAAACAAUAUCUACAUGUAUAUGUAACAGUGAAAACUGCAUGCGUGGAUGGUUCAAGCAGAUGGAUCUUCGGUCGUUGUUUGGUCUAGAAUAACUGGACUAAGCUCCAACAUCUUUGCAACGAACUUUGGCGCAGCCUGGCUGAAUCAUAGGCCUACACGUUUUUACAUUCGAUUACAGUAUGUACCAAGGUGUGGUUACAUUUGAGAAAAACACAUGAGAGUUAAAAGGACAAAGAAACAAUAUUACACAGUGAUGACGUCCUAGUGAUCGCUGACCAUAAUUAGAUUCUGUUAUAGGCAGGUGAGUUUUCUCUGCAAAGCAUACAGUGAGCAGCGGGCAUUGAAAUCUUUUUGACGUCAGCUCCUUCAAAUGUGUCGGUGACGGUAAUUGGCUUAUCUUGGUCAGCGCUUUGCCGAAGGAGCUGAAUACUCCCUUACAACACGAAAAUUCAAUAAGAGAAAUUCAUAACGAGUGAUAUUCGAGGAAACAGGCUAGGUGUCAUUUAGAAUCAUAUUAUCCACAAUACGAUAGCCUUAUAUGUAAAGAGGCGGACGGGACAGAAAACGAUCAAGUACACGAACAAACAGGAUGAAUAACUAUGCUUCGUUUCUGGGAAAUCCAGUGGCAGAAUCUAGGCCAGUAUUCUUGAAAAUGGACAAACUAGACAAAGAAUACUAAUUAUACAGGGAAGAGAGAGAUAGAGACAGUAUUUCAAUCGAUAUUGAGACAUGGACACGGCUAAACAUAUUCUCAUUACGGUACGCUAACCUCUGGUUACUGUCUGAUUUAUAAUUCAGGAAUCGGACAUUUAAGAGGACUUUUGUGAACCAAAAGAAGAAGGGCGUCGUCCAUUUUGUAUGUCACACGCAGAGAGGAAUUUCAUGACAUUUUCAUAUCCCUUUCUUAUCUGCACCGUAAUCUUUUCUAAUUGACAUCGGUGUACAGGGAUAUAUCCAUGGCAACGCGCUUUGACUAAUCAUCUCUAAGAGAGACACAGGAUUCAGAGCGCAUGUUUAAGUGCUUGCGAGACACUAGGAAACCGGUCAUUUUCUUCAUUAUCUCUGUCGUAUAAGUAACAAGACCGACAGGCCGUCAGAAGAGGAAUCCGAACAUUUCAGGCUUCCCGUCAAUUUAUGGAGGACAUCAACAGCAGCAAUUUAAUGAAACGUUACUCUUUCCAGUGAUCAUUACUGGAGAGAAAUCAGAGUCAUAUCUCGGCUGUAUAUCCCUUAAUGGACGAGCAAUCUUAUUGCAGUAUUUGAAUAAAUCGGCACUCUUUCCAGAGAAUCACAUGUUGAUCAUACGGCCUAACCUAAACAUUAAGGGGAAAUUGAUCGAAGACUUGGCUAGACUGGAAAACAUGUCUGCCCCUUACCGCUACGGGGAAGGGGGGACGCCAGAGUUGAUGGAAUAUUACUCGGUAUUGCACAUACUGAAAUGCGUCACUUUAGGCAUCAUCAUCGUCACUGCCGUAGCGGGGAAUUUUCUGGUUGUUUUCGUGAUCAGCAAGGACCGUCGACUACACCGGCCGCCUUACUACUGCAUGCUCAGUCUGGCGAUGGCGGAUUUGAUCCGAAGCGCCGUCUGUCUGCCUUUCGUCUUGGCCACAGUGAUGCAGCGGACGUACUGGCUUCGCGGCCAGAGUGGCUGCCGAAUCCUCGCCGGCUUCAACGCCCUGUGCGUUUUCUCGGCUCUCUUCUCCAUAUUCACCAUGGCUUUGGACAGGCAUUUCGGUAAUAUCCACUACGACUUCUACAGAAAGAUACAAGGGACUACUAGCCUGGCUAUAGCCCUCAGCGGAUGGAUCCUGGCCCUAUUCAUGGCCCUCUUGCCGGCCCUGGGGCUAGGCAGUUAUAGGUAUUACCCCCUCGAGUCCCAAUGCACGUACGAACAUGGCUAUUACAUCUCAAACAACACUCUCGGUUACGCCUUAAUUUUUAUCGUCGUGGUGAUAAUAACUGUUUGCGUUUAUGUGGGAAUUUUCACCUACCUUAGGAGACGCCGAAGGAUGCGUCCAGUGGAAACAGGGGCCGGCGCCCCUGCGAGAAGCACAACGUGGAAUUUUAUCCACCCCGGUGCGCAGUUGAUGCACAGGCAGCUCUUGGCGGUGACGCAGCCGACCGUUGCGGUGGGCGCCGCUACCGCAAUCCAGGCGCAGCUUUCCCAGCCUGCGCCUUCCCAGCCGACAGCGGGGAACCAGGGGAGUGGAGGAUCAGCGACGACCCCCGCCAGCAGCACACGAAGCUCUUCUUCGAAACAGACCGAUCAGAUAACACGUGCUUUUCUCUGCGUCACUGUCUUUUUCGUCAUCCUGUGGAUGCCCUACCUGGUGCUUUUCUUUUGGUACAUGAUCGACGCCAAUCAGACGCCCCCACUGACAUUCAUCACUAUAGCAACGUGGUGCUCCUAUUUCCAGGUUGCCAUAGCAACGCCUUUUUAUGUUGUUUUCAUAUCAAAAUUCAGGCGUGGUAUUUCGUAUUCUAUUUGCUGUUGUUGUAGAAGACAAGGCUACGAUGUACCUUCAUCUACGGUAACUGCGACGUGAGGAAAAAAUUGCUGCAUAUUCGCAAUAAGAGCUUUUGAAACAGUGCAUACGAUUAAGACUGUUAUUGAUUCGAUUUAAAGCAUAAAUCUCUGGCUCAAUGAAUGGAUUGUAACAAACUUUCUGGGAACUGGAGGCUUGCACGUGCUUACUUCGGCAUGGGUUUAAGUCGCAUAAUUGAGCACUUAACUUUUGUUUAGCAAAUAUUGAAAUCCCCUUAAAAUUUCAACUCUUUUACCUUGUCACCAAGGCACGUCAUCUCAAAGCCGUUGACAAAAUUACGAUUUAUAUAUCGACUUUUGAGUUUUCUAGUAAUGAACACUGGAAUUGGUGAAUCUCUCUCGUGGCGGUAUGUUAAAAAUCAACAGCUCUAAAACGGAUUUAUAGAUAGUAAUUAUUUCAACGGUUUUGAAUUGGGUAUACGUUGGUGAUAAAUCGCUGGAAUUUUCAGCAUUAUUUUGCUACAUGAAAAGUCAAACGCGCAUUGUACGGCUUUAAAUUAUCGUUUGACGCAAUGGUUAUCAUACUUGCAGACGUUUCACUAUAAAAACAGUCGAAAGCAUGCAGGGUUCCGUAAUACAAUCCUGCCGCUUCUAGACUUUUGAGACUUUUUUUCAUUUUGUUGUAGUUGUAAGUAAUACACGGCAAUGGCACAAAUCAUGGAGUGCACAAAACUAAUCAAAGAUAUAACCACGAUGCGAACUUUCACGUACAUUUCCUAUCAUUAUCCAAGGGAAUUGUGAAAAAACGACUGCAGAAAUGAAGUGUUCAGAUAUUUUCUCUUUAUCUGCACUUGUCUAGCGACGUUAAGCUUGCUUCAAAUCAAUUUGACAUUACUUAAAAAGAUUAAUAUAAUUUGUGAUGCAAA